CCUGCUCCUGUCUGUGUGUGGUUAGUCCAACCUGAUGGACUAACCUGAUGCUAACUGCAUCAGCAGUGCAGCUGCUGAUGUCUCCAAGGCGAGUGUAUCUCUCUCUGCCAGGGAGGAGGAUUUUUGCUCUGCUUUGCAUUUUACAGUACUGGCCAGCGCUGACCCUCUGAGAAAGCUCCGGGACCAUUCUCAGUUCUUGCAAAGACUGGGAAAACAUGUUCACACAUGCCAGAAGGAGGAUGCAUUGCUGUAAACUCCAGCCUUCUCUCUGACUCCACAUAGAGUGAACUGGAUGGGCACUGGAUGACAGUGUGACAUGCAGGACUGAAGUGACCAAAGGCUGGAUCACCCCUUCCCGCUGUCAGCACUUUGCUGAGCUGUGGUGGGAGCCAGUUGCCCCAUGCGCCUGGUAUCAUCAGUAGAGGAAGGGAGAGGUACCUCCAAAGGUGCUUUUAGGAAGACUGGCCAGCCUCUUUCCAUCUGCAGUAGGUGGGACAUUGGGCCUCCUAGGGCAGACAGCAGCUGGAGGGUGAAGGUGGGCCUAACGGCCAGGGAUAUUUUGCAUUUCACCCUCCCGGAGUAGGGAAAUGCCCCAGGACAUGCUGGGGGACAGUGCUGUUUCUGGGAGAUGCGUGGCUUUGUUCCCCGAGAAGAGCCCAGGGCUGGAAAUCCAGCUCUGCAGAUGGGCAGGCGUAACGUUCUCCCGGUCCAGCCCUCCGGCGCAUGGCUACGCAUGCUGGGACCAGCCUGUGCUCCCGUCCGGGCUUGGCAUGGCUUGCAGGAGGGACAUUGCAUUUCAAGGGACAUAAGUGGGUGGUUGCUAUUUGCCUGUGAGUGUGUUUGGACACAACACUGAUGCUGAGCCACCUUGGCUGAGCCACCUUGAACAAACUCAGUCCCUGGAACAGGACUAGAUCAGCCAGCAAAGGCUGCCCACAGCCCUGAGGGCCAUCUGAGCCCCUUUGUGGCUUUUGUUUGCUCAGCCCUGUCUGGCUUUUAGCAGGCCAUGGCCAGAGAUCGCACCACUCCCACGCUGUUCCUUAAUGUAAAAUAAAGAGUUUAGCCUUAACAAAACUAACUUUUUAAACCGCACAGGAGGAAGUACUGAUUUACAGGUUUUAACACUACACUGGGCUACAGCUGCAGCCUGCACCAAGUUAUCAAAACUACAUGGAGGAGCAUUAAGCCUUACACAGCACUUCAGAGCUUGCACCUCCGUUGCUGAGCGAGAGCCCGUCUGCCCCCGCGCUAGCCCAGCGGUCCUUUCCAUUUUCACUUUCUUUUCUAACCAUAAUUUGUUUCCAUCUGUGGUAGUUUACAGAUGAGAAGCAUCAGUCUCCCCCUCUCUCUCCACCUCCUUCCCACCCAUGUGACCGAGCGCUCCCAGCACCGAGUGAAACUUCUCAGUCCCCAGGAAACCUUGAUUUGCUUUCCACCCAGCUCCACAGUGAGAAGCAGCAUCUCCUAACCCGCAGCUGUUCUGACCAUGGGCAGGAGCGCAGGGCAGUACAUCUUGCUAACCUUCGCCUGCGCAUUUUCUUCCUGCUGUGCUGAAGUGACACAGCGGGUCAAACCAUCUCCACAAACCACGUUCUUCCACCAUACAGCUACUUCUGCUCAGCCACCUUCUCUUCGUCAUUCUUCACCCCACGGAGGCACCACAUUUCCUUUUAACAGCACAGGCUCUCUUAAAAUGACAUCCAUAAGCCAUAGAACAACUGUGCAGACAACAGGCCAGUCUCUAGUCACAGCACCAACCCCUCACACGACAGCCCAGGCAGCAGCAACCACCACACAAGUGACCAGCUGGGUAACUUCCACGGUAUUAACCAUGACAGCAGCAGAGGACAUAACGGCAGCUGGUCACACUGCAACCCGUGCAGGAGAAACAGAUACACCUGCGGUGAAGAACACAACCGUACACCUUACAUCCCCAACCAACCAAACCACAAUAAAUGUGAACACAGCAACUACAACAGCAUCUACAAACACAACCAGAAAGCUUACACAGCCAAACAACCAAACAACAACCACUGCCAUAAGUACUACAGCCACUACCAAUACAACAGUAAAGCCCACCACAGGAUCAGCUAAUCAAACAACAGUUUCUAGAACUCCAACAACCGCAGCCGUGACCAACACGACAACUGUUCAUCCAGGGAAUCAAACAACCGUCCCAUCUACUACAACAACAGUGAGACCCACUCUCACACCUCAGCCUUCUCCCAUCCCCACUGGCACGUACAUUGUUCGCAAUGGAAGCAUGACCUGCGUCAGAGCAGUGAUGGGUUUGCAGCUGAUGGCUCAAAGUAUCCAGAAGAAGUGGAUGGAGUACAUGAACAUCAAUCCCAACAUGACACAAACCUCUGGAAGCUGUGGGACGCUGCAGUCCACUCUGAACAUAACUUUCAGUGGAGGGUUUAUAAACUUUGUCUUUGUAAAGAACGCUCGAACAUACCAUGUCAGUACAAUUGAGGCCAGUUUACAGUUAUCUUCUGAAGGUAUGCUUUACUACGCAGCCAUACAUGAGCAGCUGUUUACAACAAAGCUGGGGAAUUCCUUUAAGUGUGCCAGCAAGCAAACCUUCGGCUUGGAGAAGAGCUUCCAGCUACUCACAGUUAAUAUGCAGCUGCAGGCCUUUGAUAUUGUUGGUAACCAGUUUGGAGAAGAGGAAGACUGUUUUCUUGACAGAAACAGCAAAGCAGUUCCCACUGCAGUGGGCCUGAGUAUCUUGGGAUUAUUUGCCAUUGUGCUCGUCACAUUUGUGAUUUCCAGAAGAAAGUCGCAUAGAGGAUAUGAACGCAUCUGAGUUGCCUUUUUGCUUCCAAAUGUGCGUAGCAAGUAGAGAAGUUGCAAGAAUUUUUGCCUCUACAUACAAACUCUCUGCCUUGAAGCCAUAUUUUUAAGUGGGAUGACACGAUGUGUUUAAAGCUAAUGCGUAUUUCUGGAAGUGAUUUCUUUAAGGUGGGAAGGAGAGGACUUGCACCGUCUACUUUAGGCUAUACUUGACUUCUAAUUUAGAUGUAGUUCAGAAGACCAAAGUUAGGAGCCAAGAUUCCUCGUAUUACCAAUAAAGGAGGCAAUUCAGACUACCUAAGUUAGAUGCCUAAAAAUAGCUUAAAGCAGAUAGCGUGACUAUACCCCAUGAAAUCCAUCAGUUUUCUUCAAGAUAGUAUUCGGACUUAUUAAAAUAGAUAAGUCCAGUAAUAUGACUUCCAAGUGAAUAAACUAGAGGUCUACAGCUACAGACAGCCCUGUUAAGUCAGCGCUCAGUGAUAGCCUUGUGGGAGCACUGUGUAUGCUGAAGUCUCAGGACAAGUAUGCUUAUGAUUUCCAUCCAUAAGAAAGUUCUUGCCAAUCCUGUAACUUAACCAGGGUUAAGUUUAACAAGUUAUUGUUAUUUCCUACUAAGGCCAUUGGAGGACAGAGUGGUGAUAGGUGGCUCUCACUCGAGGCAGUAUUUUUAGAAAAUUUUCUAGUUUCCAUUGACUCGAUAUCCAAAUGGGAUACAAUGGCCCGACCGGGGUCACAUGGGGUCUCUGCCAAAGUUACCACCCAUCACUGUUUGUCUCAGCCCCGGUGCAAAGAUGUCUGAACUUCUUGUCAAUAAUUUUUGAACUGUAGCCUCUUACAUUGUGCAUGAGAGCAAUCUGACAUUGGUAAGAGUUCAUCUUAAAGUGUCAUGCUGUAAACUGCAUAAUUCAGGAGCUGACUGACCGGCAGCUCAGAUGUCUGUGCAGCAGAACCAGGCGGGCGUUUGGAGGCAGUAACUCUGUCUGCGUUAGCAGGCCCAGCCAUCCCCACUUGUCAGUCAGAGCACAGCAUCCUUUUGCCACGUUUGCUGCACAAUGGGGAGAAAGCUAACAGGAGGGUCUGAAGGCACUGCGACACAUGAGCUGGUGUUAAGCGUGCUAAUGCAAUAGAUAGAGACUGGGGCGAAUUUGCUUGAUUAAUUCAGGGAGCUUAAUUUUUAGUGGUCUUGUAAGAGUUCAUGAGUCACCCACUUCCUAUUCAGACUCAGACCUGUUACAGUGACUGCCACUCAACUCAACACCUGUCACUCUACUGAGAUGACGGUACUGUGAUCUCUCCUAAUCUGGAAAGAUACCACAGCUCCUGAAAAUGCCUGGGAGUAAGUGGUCACCACUGCUUCAGACCUGCAUAAGGUCCGUAAGGUCCGUGAGUGAAUGGAGACCCACUAAAGCUGUAUUUUCAAAGCUUCUGUAGGAAUUAAGACCUUGCACAGGCCUUGGACAAAUUCUCUACCCAAAAGUGAGCUCUGGCCAGUACGCUUGUAACUGAGCAGCUGGAUUUUCAUAUGGAAAUAGUUUGGAGUUGCUUUAAAGCACACUAAUCGUAACACUCUGUAGACUGCUUCCUGCUAAGCAAAUGAUGAAGGCAUAACUGCUUUUCAGAUUAAGUUCAGCUAAUGUUCUUUGUUGCAACAAGGAAAAUCUUGUUGCGAAAGAUUUACAAGGCUAAACAAUAUGCACAAACGUGCGCACACAUACACACACACACAGAUCUCCAUUCACUGCAGCACGAUACAUGGAAACAGUAAGAAAUUAAAUAUAAUAUUUAAUCUGACCCUAAGCCUUUCUGACUAGGGAUCAAUAGACAUCUUUCUCUUUCACAGCUAAGUCCUGUUUCACAUGUUCAUUGGAUUAGUAAGUUGCAUGUACAGUUUGCUACUUUUAUUGAUACAAAUAGAGCAUUUUCCUGUUAUGUUCCCUACUGAAAAACUCUUUAAUAUUCAGUCUUUUAAUAUUUGAUAUCAAUCUAAGGAGAGAAAGCUGUUCCUAAUGACUGAUAAUUCUGUGUUUAAUCGCAUCCUCUGGCAUUUUUACAGAGGAUGUAAAGUUAAUGUAUUUUUUUCACUUUUUCUCACUAGGAUGAAUCCAACUGUUGGUCCUGAACAAUGUUUGAUUUCAGGCUUAUCUGAUUCUUGUUCUUGUGCUUUUUGUUGCUAUUACUUGUUUGCCAUUUUUCUGAAGCUGCAUAUAACCCUUUCUACGUGAAUAAUACUCUGGACUUGCACCAAACAGCACAGGUGGAGCGCACAUGGCGUAAACUGAUGAGACGAUUGCAAGCUCCCAUACAGUGAUGCCAACACGAAGCAAAAUGAAUCCAGUGGAGUUAAUGUUUUACACUAGUAGAGGAUUCCUUACCGCACCAGGAGAUCCUGGCCCUUUAUGUGUAACUAUUUUCCCAUCUGCAGCUUGCCUCCACGUCCUUCAUGUACAAAUA